UAUGGUAAUUGCACAGCAGCUUAGUAAGCAAAGUGUGUUGUGCAGUGCCAUUGGCAGUUAGACCAGAAAAAGAGCGUGAAAAUCCCACGUAGCUGUUCAGUACGAGGCCCGCCCCUGCGAAAACGAUCAUCGCUUUCAAGUCAGUGAAAACUGUGGUGAGUACUGACCGUUACUAAGAUGCACUACACCUGCAGCAGGCUAACUUAUGCGUAACUGACAAUUUAGCCGCUCCAUAUAGCAGUGACAACCAUGAAACUAGGGUUUGUUUACGUUCUGUGUUUGAUUUGUGCCGCCGGGCACUUAUCUCAAGUGUUUUCAAGUGGCGGCACGCCCGCCUUCAGCUUUGACGUGCUCUUGGACUCCUCCGCCUUUCAGACGGCGGAUAGCACAGUGUAUGAUUUCGGUCCGGGAGAUGGAUACGACCUCCUCUUUACCGACGAAUGUCCAAACAACACAUUCUCGAUAGACCCUAAUACUGGAGAAGUUGUGACCGCACAACAAGUAGAGUUUUCAGUGGAGGAGCAGGAGCCAGUGUGUGUGGAUACAUCGCAAGGGAACAUCAUUUCUAUCCAGACGUACAGUUGCUUUGUAGUGAUCGAGACCACCACUCAGUCUUACGGUGUUCUCAUGGUAAUCCACGUAUUACCCAAUUCACCAAGUGUACAGAUCCAAUUUCAGCAGGAAUUUUACACAGCUGAAGUCAUGGAGGGUGUACUGGGAGCGCCAGUACUUGGAGGCGGUGGAAUUCAGGCCAUAUCACUGCCCAUAACAAGCCUAUUAACUCCCAGCUACAGAAUUUUAAAUGGUUAUGGCCCAUUUACACUGUCCGAAUAUAGCAUCCUCUGCAGUAAGUAUUUUCAGAUACACACCACCCAAGCACUGGACCGAGAGACAGAAGACUACUAUGAGAUAAGGGUUGAGGCUUACACAGCUGAAACAUCAGCCAAUAUGACCAUCCUGAUAUCAGUGUUGGAUAUAAAUGAUAACACUCCGGAACAUCAGCAACUCCCUGAUAGUGCCACAGUCAGUGAUAGGUCACUCAGUAUUGGAGAGAAUGUGGCACAAUUUGCGGCAUUUGAUGAUGACCUGGGUUUGAACUCAAGACUGUUUUAUUCACUCGCCUCCCUGUCUUCCCCAUUCACAAUGAACCCUUUCACUGGGUCGCUGUUUCGAUAUUCAUCUCGGGGACUGGAGCAAACCACACAGACUGUUGGAGUGUCUGAUUUAGGCAGUCCCCAGCAUGGAAUACAGGCUAACUUCACCAUAUUCAUAGACAACGAGAAUCAACAACUGCCUAUUAUUCAUGAUUUGGGGUCAAUAGUUGCUUCUGAGAGUGAGAUAAUUGAUGGCGUGGUUUCGACCAUCCACGUAACAUACCCUUCUGGAAGUGUGGUGGUGAAUUUGGAAAGUUUUGAUUGCAACUGCUUCAAGCUUUCAGAAGUGACAGAGAAUGAUGGAGAAUACACUGUUGAUCUGCUUGUUAAUUCACCGCUGGACUUUGAAUCUUUCCCCUUUGGUGUGGUUUUCACAAUAACAGCUGCUGAUGCAGAUAAUUCAAAUCACGCAACUUCUGCGGAAGUUAACGUUACUGUUUCUGAUGAGAAUGAACCUCCAGUGUUUCCUAACUCUCAGAAUGAAAUUUCAGUACCCGAAGGCACACCAAUAGGCAGUGAAGUAUUCAGACUAUCAGCCGUAGAUCCAGAUAUUGGGUCAUAUGGUCAAGUGUCAUACGCAUUCACCGAUGCACCGGAAAACAAUCCCUUCUCUUUGGAUUCAGCAAAUGGCAUUAUUCGCUCAGUGGCUGCCAUUGACUACGAGGCUCUAGAAAGUAUUGAUCUGACUAUAUCUGCUGAGGAUGGAGGGGGAGAAACAGACCAAAUGACACUGAAAAUCACAAUCCUGGAUCGCAAUGACCAACAACCCCUCUUUGUCCAAACCGAGCAGACAGUUUCCAUCUCAGAGACAAUUUUGGCAAAUGAAUCAAUAUUUAACUUUGCCGCAUCAGAUGGAGACUCUCAAUGCAAUGGAGCUAUAAGCUACUCCAUUAUCCAUGCUGAACCACCCUUGUUUCGCAUUGAUCCUAUUAGUGGUCUACUAUACCCCUCGAAGGACAAUGCAAUCGAUUUUGAGCAGUUUCAAAGUGCAGUGGUAGUCGUUCGAGCCAAUGAUUUGGGAGAGAGCAGCGAAUUCAUAGAUACCACAUUGCACAUCAACAUUCAAGGUGCAAAUGAUGAACGCCCACAACUGAGCAAGAUCGAGUGCCCGUGCUUUAUGGUGGAAAAUGACACCAGCGCAACCUGCCAGCCACUCUCUGCAUAUGAUGCCGACUCUAGCCACAUAACAUACACCUUGCACUCGGGUAAUGAACAAAACCUUUUUUCUAUUGGCUCAGAAGGCAAAGUAUCCACGGUUCAAGCUCUACCAUAUGAAGAAGGUUUGGUCUACAACUUGGAAAUCGUAGCGUCAGAUGGAGAACUGGAAUCUGACCCAGAAAUUCUGAAAAUCAUAGUUGUGGACGACAAUAACGUAAACCCACACUACAGCGAUGAAAUUACGAUAACGAAGCCAGUUGAUAUCCCCAUUGGAUAUCUCGUUGGGAAUGUCAGUGUCCAACAAGGAGAUUCUGGUUUCCAUGCUCUUACUGAAUACAAAAUAGUAACCAGUGGAGUCGAAGAUCUUAUACGAAUCGACUCUCUCUCUGGAAAUUUGUACCUGAAUUCCACCCCUCAAACGGGUGAAUACUCAUUCAGAGUGACUGCAACUGAUGCACUGAAUGCAGGGAGGAUUGCAACAGCAUCAGUAACCAUUCAGUUCUCUGGCAAACGCAACAACCCACCUCACUUUCAAACGCCCAUGUAUCACAUCGACAUUGCCAGCAAUUCGCAGACUGGCGAACCACUGCACACCUUCAGCGCAGAAGAUGACGACAGUGGAAGUGACGGAUUGUUGACAUACACCUUGGAAACUUUGUCUAACUUUUUUGAAGUAACAACUGACGGUUCACUGAGACUCUCUCAGAGUUUGAGCACUGAAGUUGGCUCUGAAUUCACACUGAUGAUACUGGUAUCAGAUGGGGGAUCGCCUUCUCUGCAGGAUACACUGGAAGUGAGCAUAACCGUGUACGAAUCCUCUAUAAACAUUGGUGGAGAAACAUUUACUCACAAUCCGGGUGUAACCAUGCGGCACUAUUUUGCUGAGAUUCUCGAAGGGACCUCACAAUCAGUGCCGGUAUUCUCAUUACCUGAAACUGAAGGGGGAAACCCGGUCCAAUAUGCUAUUUUGCCACAGGGGAGCUUCUUCGGUGUAUUUCGCAUUCAAGACCAGAACGAAGUGUCUGUCAAGGAGAACUUUCAACACUUGUUUGACCGCAUGGAGAAUGAAGCUGUUUUCAUAACUCUCAGGGCACAAUACUUGAGCAACUUUCACUACAUUUCCCUCACAGUGAUCAUUGACGACAUAAACAACAACGGGCCCCAAUUCAGCCAGGAUCAAUAUGCAGUUGAGAUAUACCGAAGCACUCCGGAAGGUGGCUAUGUUUUUGAGUUUGAUGCUGUAGACCGAGACGUUGGAAGCAAUGCAGUCACCACUUAUUUCGUCGAUCCACCUUCGGACGACUUCGCAAUUGUACAAGGAACUGCAUUUCUUGAGGUGACUACAAACGACUUACCAAAUGACGUGUACUCUUUGACGAUUGUAGCUUCUGAUGCCGAAUCUCCUACUUUGCCUACUGAUACAACCACACUAACAAUAACCAUCCUGGAAACAUUCAACACUCAACCACUUAUUGCUUCAAUGAGCUAUACGGUUCCCGAAAGUGCGACAGUUGGCAAUACUCUAGGGGACCAACUCCAAGUCACUGAUCCUGAUAGCGGAAUGCACGGAAACAACAUCCUGUGCAUCGCAUCAGGAAAUGCUGGGAAUCAGUUUCAACUGAGCCAAAGUGGAGACAUCGUUCCAAUCAAGAAACUAGACUAUGAAACCAUGGACUCCUUCACACUCCUCAUAAUGGCGUACGAUUCGAGCCUCAAUCCAGUCUCUAGUGCCACGCAAGUAAACAUAGCGGUUGAAAACGACAACGACGAGCCUAAAUUUGUGCCAGACAACUACUUUGCUACUAUUGUUGAGAACAACCCGGUCGUGACGUCUGUUCUGACUGUCACUGCGUUUGAUGCAGACUCGGGUGAUACAGUAGAGUAUUCAAUACAGAAUGGCACUACUGCUGUGUUCUCCAUAGAUCCUAUGACAGGAGUGGUGUCUACAAAACAAUCUCUAAAUCGUGAAUCAGUGACACAACAUAGUAUUCUAGUGUCAGCCACGGAUGCUGGAGGAAAGAAAUCAGUCGCUAGUGUAUUGAUUGAGGUUUUGGACGAAAACGAUAAUGACCCAACUUUCUUCAGCCCUAAUUUUGCAACAGUGAGCGAAGACAUGUCGGUGGAUCUGAAGUUAUUCGUUUGGAAGCAGUGGAUGACGACAAAGGACAGAAUGGCAGUGUAAAGUUUGAAAUUGAAAGUGGAAAUGAAGCCAACGUAUUUGUAUUGGACCCCUUUACUGGCUCUGUGACACUUGGUAGUUCACUGGAUUAUGAAACUGACCCACAAAGUCUGGUUUUAACCUUCAGAGUCAGUGAUCUAGGAUUUCCACCACGUACUUCAUCAGUUACACAUCAAAUCACCUUCUCCCUCGAAAACGCCAACGACAAUUAUCCCGUGUUUUCAGCAUCGCGUUAUUCAUGUACUAUCCGUGAAGGUAAUCAUGAUUUCAUGGAACCCUGUCAAGUAAGUGCAACAGAUGCAGAUGAAUCGGAUGAUGUCACAUUCACGAUAACCAGUGGAAACAUUGACAGUGCUUUUCAAGUAAACUCUGUAAACGGUGUAAUCUCACGUCAAAACAUUCUCGACAGAGAAGACAUUCCAAGAUAUUUCCUGAAAGUGAAAGCUACUGAUACUGGCUCCCCAUCUCUCAGUUCAUACAGUCUUGUGGUCGUUGAAGUGGAAGACGAGAACGAUGAUUUUCCCAAGUUUGAUCCAGUAAUAGCUAGCCAAAGCAGUGCCAGACUCUCCCAGAUGUACUUUUCGGAACUGCUACCAAGAAAUACACUCCUUUUCUUUGCUCAUGCUGUUGACAAUGACAUUGGAGUGAAUGGUGAGAUCUCUUACAGUAUAAUCAGUGACAACUCAGACUUGUUUCACAUCGAUUCAAACACAAGUGCCGUAUUCCUUAUUGGGAGUCUUGACUACGAAACAACCAGGACACAUGUACUGCAAAUCAUGGCCACAAAUCCUAGUGGUACCUCAACAUUGCAAACCUACACCAUCAACGUCCUAAACGAAAAUGAAAACCUGUUUCCACCCGUGUUCCACCCUGAUACUGCCUCAGCUGUGUCGAUUUCAGUGGCAGCUCCAAUUGGUGCACACCUGACACGUGUCAAUGCUACUGAUGCAGACCCUGGUCAGGACGGUGAUGUAAGGUAUUAUGUAGCUGGUGGUUCUGGGUACGGGUACUUUACCAUUGAUCGGUUUAGUGGAGAAAUCUCUGUUUCGUAUGGUCUAACUAGUAUCGAAAACUCCCACAUAACUCUUGAAAUUCUGGCUAGGGAUCUCAGUGUCACUUCACUCAGCGCUAACUUCACACUAGAUGUGUUUCUAAAGCCAGACAAUGGAGCUAAGCCCUUUUUCACGAAUGCAAUGUACAAAGCAUUUGCCUCAGAAACAUUCGCAGCGCAAGAUUCAAUAUUUGCUAGCGUUCAAGCAUUGGUCAACGGUAGGCCAACGUCCGACACUACCUACUCCAUUGCAUCUGGAAACGAAGAGAAAUUUUCAAUCAAUGCAUCAAGUGGUGCAGUCUCUAUUGUUGGUAUUCUUAACAGAGAGGACGAAUCAAUGUACACGCUAUUCAUUAGUGCCUCCAGAGGUUCUACCAUCAACACUUCAUAUACCCUCUUAGCAGUUGAAGUCGCAGACAGCAAUGAUCACACACCAGCGUUUGGUAUCAGCUACGAUGUAACCAUUUUCAACAACCAUCCAACGGGCCUUGCAAAUGCCUUCAUGAGGGUAUUUGCCAUAGAUCAAGAUGCUGGUCGGAACAGCAGAUUAGAGUAUUCAAUAACAUCUGGCAGCAGUAACACAUUUGCCAUUGAUUCCAACAGUGGUGAUCUAUAUCUUGUGCAGAAUCUACCAUCUGAUGGAAGCAAUUUUUACGAUCUAACUGUAAGCGUAACAGAUAUGGGAGUUUUGCCUCUCACCCAAUCAACUACCUUUACUAUCACUACCACAUCUCCAGCAAGUCCUAACAAUGCUCCAACAUUUUCCCCUUCAUCUACCUCAGUAAUGGUACCAGAAGAUAGGCCCCCUGGCUCUCUUAUAUACACAGCCCAAGCCAGUGACAGCUCGGAUGACCACAUAGUGUACAGAAUCACUCAACCGUUACCCAACUUUGCCAUCAUGCCAAACACAGGAGAAGUGUACCUAAUCAAACAGCUUGACAAAGAAGAGGAUGAGCAAUACACUAUCAGGAUUGAAGCAAGCGAUGGUAGUCUCACCUCUUCCGUAUUUCUUCUCAAUAUUCUGGUCGGAGACGUUAAUGACAACAGACCGGUCUUCACAACAGACGAGUUUGUAUUUACAGUUGAAGAACACUCACCAAAUGGUGAACUGGUGGGAUCUAUCACAGCCACCGAUGUUGAUGAUGAAAGUGAAAUUACAUACUCACUGGUUGACUCAAAAGACCCUGACAGUAUCAACCUCUUCUCGCUCAGCGAAGAUGGAAUGCUGCAAGUAGCAGAUGACAUUGACCGGGAAACAAAACUGGUCCACUUCCUGACAGUGUCAGCUGAAGACCACGGAGUGCCAUCUCUCACAACUUAUGCCCGUGUGAAGGUUGUAGUAACUGACAUCAACGACCACACGCUAGCUUUUGUAUCUCCACUCCAAAAUGUAUCAAUAUCUGAAGGUGCCACCGUGGGUACCCCCUUCUUCAGCUUGUCUGUGUUUGAUCCUGACGUUCAAAGCUCCCUUAGUUACUCACUGUCACCGGAAACCACGCCAUUUGCCUUAAAUGAGUCAACUGGAGAAUUGUAUGUCGUGAUGGAGCUUGAUGCAGAGAAGCAAACAAACUACACUCUGGAAAUAAGUGUUUUCUCUGAAGGUACACCAACAGAUAUUGCAACAACUACGCUCUUUGUGACAGCCACAGAUGAACUGGACAGUCUUCCGGCCCUAACCAAUCCAGGAAGUGUAAUUCUGCUAGAGAAUAUGCCUCCUUACUCCAUUGUGGGACUUGUAGGUGACAAUGUCAGCCUUAGUGCAGUGUAUUACGAGAUCAUUUCAGGAAAUGAAGAAGAUACCUUCUUUGUUGAACCACUCACAGGGAUAGUCAGAACCUCAGUGGCACUAGACAGAGAAUCAACUUCAUCUUACACCUUGACUGCCCAAGGUGCCUUUCAAAAGAACUACGAAGCGAGCGUGACACUUACAGUUUUUGUUAGUGACGUGAACGAUGAAGCUCCCACUUUCAUCAGUCACUUUCUUGAGUACACGUUGAGUAAGGACUCCACUGUCGCUGAGCUAGACUUUACAGACAAGGACGAAGGAGCAAAUAAGCAAAUCAGUGGAUUCUAUAUACCCGACCCAAUAGCUGCAAAGAGCUUUGAGGUUGAUUCCUCAGGUGAUAUUCGAAUAUUUGAGUCACUUGACAGGGAAGGAAAUUUUGAUGCAAUAGAUUUCGACCUCUAUAUUUUUGACUCAGGGAAACCACCACUUUAUGAUAUGGCCCGUGUAUCCAUUACUGUAUCAGAUGUGAAUGACAACCCGCCAUAUUUUCUGCAGUCCAACUACCAAUUCACCGUCAGCUUGCCGGUUAACAUUGGUACUCCACUAUUUGGUGUUCAGGCAAUGGACUUGGACAAAGACUCAACGAUACGCUACGUUGUGAAUGGUGGCAAUGGAACAGACAAAUUCAGCAUCAAUGCAAUCACUGGAGACAUUAGUGUCAGUAAUAACUACAAGCUACAGGCUUACUAUACUCUCACAGUUUCAGCCCAAGAUGAAGGAGGUAAAGAAUCAAGCGUAAGUGUUAAUAUUGCUACCAAGUACUGCGGUUUCAUGAAUUUGCUUCUCAACCCUAGAGUUGUGAGCAAAAGGCUCUUUGAAAACAUUGCCAACGGUACAGUUGUAUUUUCUCCAACUUUACUAACAUUCGAUAUGCCAGCAUCUAUCCUGUAUUCUUUCUCAACUGCUGAUUCACUGUUUAAAAUCAAUGAAAACACCGGAGUUGUGAGCCUAAAUGGUAAUCUAGACAGAGAGAAACAAUCUACUCACCAGUUCACUAUACAAGCAAGGGACCUAAACAACCCCCUUAGAAUUGCUCAAGCCGAUAUUGAAAUCAUUGUAGACGAUGUAAAUGACAAUGCACCGACAUUUCUGUCAGCUCCGUAUGUGACAUACGUAACUGGAAACUAUUCGGGAGAGAUCAUUCGCGUCAGAGCAGAAGACAGUGACGAGGGGAGUAAUGGAGAGGUGGGAUACGAACUAAAUGCUGUAUGUUCUGGCCUUUUUGAGAUUGAAGAAAACACCGGCCAGAUAUCCGUGACGGAGUCAUUGGACACAUUGCUGCUCGACACCUGUACCCUUACUGUUGUAGCGAGUGACAAAGGAAGGCCACCAAUGUCUGAAACAACAACCGUCACGGUCAAUGUCGUUCUAUCAAAUGCCCCACUCUUCACAAUGAGUGGUGUGUACAGCGCUGAAGCCAGUGAGUCUGCUCCCAGAGACACACUAGUCAUAACUGUAGUGGCCACAUCCACCUCGGAUAACUCACAAAUCAGAUACAAUAUUCAAUCCCCCCAGUCCAACACACUCCCAUUCUCGAUUGAUUUUAUUCGAGGUGAUGUCACGGUCAACGGUAUUGGCUUGGACUAUGAGGCAAACAGCUCCUAUCGGCUCCAACUUGAGGCGGUCGACCUGUCCACUUCACUGACAGGGAGAGCAACUCUUGACAUACAAGUACUUGAUGAGAAUGACAACCGUCCGCAGUUUAGCCUUGCACUCUACCAGAACAGCUUGACUGAAAACUCUGACAUAGGCACUCCAUUUGAGCAGGUCUCUGCAAGCGACCUAGACUCCGGGUCAAACUCACAAAUAACCUACUUCAUAGACCCAAACGACAUAGCUACUACUCUGUUCAACAUUGAUGAAAGAACGGGGUGGAUAUCUACAGGUGGGGAGAUCGAUCGCGAGGAGAAUGAUUUCAUCAGAUUCUCAGUCUUGGCCAGAGAUGCAGGCAGCCCAUCACUAACUGGAACUACGAUUGUGCAAAUAGAAGUGGUCGACGUGAAUGACAAUGCACCAGCUUUCCUCCAGUCUUUGUAUCAAGGGACAGUAUUAGAAGAUGAUCAGCCAGGAACAAGCAUUCUCUUUGUCACUGCAACAGAUCCUGAUGACGAAGAUGAAGUACAAUACGAAAUCGUCUCUACGGAACACUCUUCAAACUUUGACAUGAGUUCUAGUGGGCUCAUAACUCUAGCAACUUUUGCAUCGGAAUUGAUUGGCUUUCAGUACCAGCUAAAUGUGUCAGCAUUCGAUGGGCUUUUCUACAGCUACACAGAAGUAAUUGUCGAGUUGGAAAAUGAAAAUAAUAAUCCCCCUAUGUUCAAUGCAACCACAUACAGUGCGUUCAUCCUUGAAAAUGCCACUAUUGGAACUGAGGUGGUUCAGGUAUUUGCAACCGACGAUGACAGAGGUGCAAAUGGUGAAGUAACAUAUUCAACGUCGAGCAACUUCUUUGCGAUAAACUCUGAAACAGGUGUCAUUACGGUGAGUGCAGAGCUAGAUCGCGAGGCCAACCCAGAUGGAGUGACAUUGAUCGUGAUCGCAAGAGAUGGAGGUGGUAGGACUGGAACUGCUGAAGUUGACAUCGAGUUAGGUGACAUUAACGAUAAUGCACCAGUCUUUUCUCAAGCAAUGUAUGGGUUUGAUGUCCUCGAAACAACAACAAUUGGAACGACAGUUUCAACCAUUGUGAUGGCUACUGACCCGGAUGGUGGUUUAAAUGGCCUCAUUCAGUAUACACUAAAUCCACCUGCAGGUGACCCAACUCAAUUUCCAUUUGCUAUUGAUGAACAAUCGGGUGCUAUUAGAACCAUACUGGAAGUGGACCCGAUGUUUCAAAAUGAAUACAUGUUCAUCGUUAGUGCAAUGGACAUGGGUACCCCAGCAAUGACAGCUGAACCAUCAGCAACUGUUACAGUACAAGUUAUUGCAGCUGGCGAGGUGCCGCCACGUUUUGAAAAUGUCCUAUACCAGGUUGAAAUACACGAAAACAAUCAGUAUGGGGCACACUUAUUGACACCACAACUUGUGACGACUAAUGAAACUAUUGAGUGUGAAAUCAUCACAUAUUCCCUGCUAAACAACGAUGGUAAUCUCUUUCAGAUUGCUAACAAUAUGGUCUCCAACAUAACAGUUACGACGAUCUUAAACCGUGAAGUGAUGGCAAUACACACAUUCACCAUUCAAGCACAAUGUUUGCCCGUGGAAGGCUCAAAUGUGAUGCAAGUAUUUGCAGUGAUAACCGCAACGGUACGAGAUGUUAACGAACCACCAACAUUUAGUACUCCAUUCUUGAUUGGGUCCAUUCUAGAAAACAUACAACUGGGCACCAUAUUGGAAUUCACUGGUGGUAUAAAUUCCAUCGAGGCAGAUGAUGAGGAUGAUGGUCAGAACGGAAACAUUGUUUACAGCAUCACUGAAGAUGUUCCGUUUGUCAUUGGCCUACACACUGGCAUUAUAACUGUCAGUGGUAGUCUUGACAGGGAGACAACCGACACCUACCGAUUUGAUGUGAUUGCUACUGAUCUUGGAAACCCCCCUCUUUCAGGCACCAUUAGAAUCAGAGUGGAGAUCGAGGAUACUAACGAUUCUCCUCCAGUUUUCCAGCAAAAUUUGUACCAUGGGGUAGUAACAGAAAAUGUUGAAAUCGGGACACCUAUUGUUACUGUUGCUGCUUCUGAUGCAGACUUGGGAGAAUUUGCUGUAAACACCUAUUCUCUAAGUGGCAGUGAUGUAUUCAGAAUCGGUACUAAUACAGGUGAACUAACAGCUUUUGGUGAAAUUGACAGGGAGACUACGCCCAUCUAUACAGUUGUUGUCACUGCCAGUGAUGGAAUUAACCAAGACAGUACUACUGUCAUGAUAAAUGUCACUGACGUAAACGACAAUCCUCCCGUUUUCAAUGACACACAAUAUGAGAUUGUAGUCGAAGAAAACUAUGAAACCAGUAUAGGUAUCCUCCAAGUGUUUGCAAGUGAUGUGGAUCUGGGUGAGAACGCCGAAAUUCGGUACGGUAUAUUAGAGGAUCAAGAGCUCAUACAAAUCAACAGUACCACAGGAGAAGUGAGUUUUUACCAGACCCCAGACUAUGAAAUGAGCCCCCAGGGACAUUUUGAGUUUCGAGUGACUGCAACGAACCCAAAUGAUGAGAACCAAAGAGACUUGAGCACACUGGUCAUAGACCUAGUCGACCUCAAUGAUAAUGCCCCUCAGUUUACAACUCUGGGAAGCCCUCUCCAGGUGAGUGAGAACCGGCCCAGUGGGAUCACUGUAGUGAGAGUGGUAGCCGAUGAUCUCGACAGUGGACUCAAUGCCAGAGUGCAAUAUUCACUGAGCGAGGAAUCUCAGGAAUUCUUCAGUAUUGAUUAUCAGACGGGUACAAUUCAAACACUGGUGUCAUUUGACCGAGAGAGAAACUCAACUUAUGAGAUACUUGUAACAGCUACAGAUCUUGGCAUUCCUCCAAUGUCUGGCAACACAACACUCUUGGUAGCCAUAUCGGAUGAAAACGACAACCCACCUGUGUUUUCCCAGAGGAGUUACACAGUAUCGGUCCUGGAGAGUGAGUCAAUUGGGUCAGCAAUAAGGAACAUCAGAGCAGAAGAUUCCGAUGAUGGCAUCAAUGCUGAGAUCUUGUACAGACUCACUGGAGACAACAGUGCUCACUUUAUUCUGAUGAUGCUUGGAGACGGAAGUGUCGACGUCUUAAUAGAUCAAGAGCUAAACCGUGAGAGUAUUGACCAGUACUACUUGAACAUCACAGCUUUUGAUGGAGGAUUUCCCUUCUUACAGGCAACCGUGCAACUAAUAAUCAUGGUACAGGAUGAAAAUGAUAAUCCACCAGUUUUUGACCCACCGUUUUAUGCUGUUGAGUAUCCUGAGAGUCUGUUGGUGGGCAGUCAAAUUGUAAGAGUAUUUGCCAGAGAUCCAGACUCAGCUGCUAUUACUCAAUUGACAUACUCAAUAGCUGAGCCUGGAAGCCAUACCCAAUUUGAAAUAGAUCCCAUUGAUGGCGGCAUAUUGCUAGCACAGCCACUAGACUUUGAACGAGAUCAGGUCCACACCUUCAUAGUGCAAGCUGACGACCAAGUCAACAAUUUGGCCACUGCUUCUGUGAGCGUGAGUGUCACAAAUGUAAAUGACAAUGCUCCAGAGUUUGUAAUGUCAAACUUCACAACGAUUAUCACCGAAAACGAGCCAACACGUGAACUAUUCGAUUUCACAGUGCACGACAGAGACAGAGGCUCUGAUCCGAGCACUAUAUCUUACAAAAUAGAAUCCGGAAACAUCGAUGGAAUAUUCGAUAUUGAACCUACGUCGGGAGUUCUAGCAGUCAAUUCAUUUGAUUUUGAAGCUCUGACUGCCAGCAACUACCUUCUGGCCAUCACUGCAAGUGACAAUGAGGACCCACCUCUUGCCGGUACUGCGUACGUGACAGUCAACGUCCAGGAUCUCAAUGAUAAUGCUCCAGUGGGAGAGGACCAGGUAUUCUACGUGUUUCUCUACAAUGGGCAGCUCACGUUGACAUCACUUGGGACUCUCUUGAUACGAGAUCCAGAUACAGUCAACGACCACCAGUUCACGGUGACCGGUGGCAAUAGCGACAUCUUUCACAUAGAACUCGGUGGUGGAAUUGACAUUCUCCAACACCCACCACCACCAGGCACCUACAGCUUUACUGUUCACGUCACAGAUGGCACUUUAGGCGAUGCAACAACAGUGGUCGAUAUCACAGUUGUGAACAUUACCGAUGCCCACCUUGCCAAUAGUUUCACAAUGAAAGUGGGGUCUGAUUCGGCCGUAUCAUUCCUAGAUACAAACCUGCAACUGUUCCUGAGGUCCCUUGAAGAUUUAGUGACGGAUAAAACUAGCAUCAUUGGGCCAAAAGCCUACUUGUUAAACAUUACAGACAGUGGGAAUAGAAGAGUUGAUAUUUCCAUUGUUGUGGAAUCAGAAGAUGGUAAUCCAGUUCACCCAAACCUCGUCCAACAUCUUAUACACAGCAAUAGGGAAGUCGAAGCAAAAACUGGGAUUGUUAUUGUGACUGAGAAUGUAGAUCACUGUGCAGACGAGUCUGUUUGUCCACUGGGGACAUUUUGCACAAAAACCUACCAAUACAACUCAUCAAGCUCAGUAAUGGGCAGUGCUGCAGCCAGCAUUUUAGGAAUAGACAUAGUGGAGUCCAUAGCUUGCUCUAGUGACUCGCCAACAUGCUCAGUCGCAUGCCCCGAACAAUCAUACUGCGUCCAACAAAACGGACAGAGUGUCUGUAUUGACGACUGCACUCCGAACCCGUGUAAGAACAAUGGAAAGUGUCAAGAUCAGAGGCCUGGGUACUACUGCUCUUGUCCCACUGGUUUUGAUGGUAGAGACUGUGAGCUAACCACAUCCUAUUUUCAAGAAGGAUCCUAUGCUAUUCUACCAGCAGUGACCACAGCAACGAAUGGCACUAUAACAAUAGAAUUUGUGGUAGCCGAUAGAGAAUAUGGCCUUCUCUUUUAUAGCAGCCGCUUUGACGAAAGUCUAAAAGAUUUUAUUGCCCUUGAAAUUAUUGAUGGCCACCUGUCCCUGCUAAUAUCAUAUGGCGGGAACCCCAGAAGGAUUUCAAUCAUGCUAAAUGGAGACGGAUGGUACAUGGCAGUUGUGGAUUAUACAGAAACUGAAAUUGGACUUACCGUUAAGACGUUUGACCCCUUUACGAUUCAGGAAGAGAGAUUCCAAACCGAUUCAAAUUACAGAUCACUAAAUCUUGGAGGUCCAUUCAUUGUGGGUAGCUUGGAUCCCACACUGAAUUACAAUUACGAUGAGACACCUUAUGGCAGGCUCAAUUUCUGCGUGAGAGAACUAGUCAUAAACGGUCGAGUCCAGGACUUCAGUGAUCCACUUGAUGCCGUCAACGUAUCCCCUUCCUGCGAAGAGAACCAGUGCAACGCUGGUGCAUGCAAGAAUGGUGGAAGAUGUAUUGGAACUCAAAGUUCCUUUACCUGUGUGUGUCCUGUUGAACACGCAGGAGCAACUUGCAAUGAGAAUUCUGAGUCUGCAACAUUCUCGGGAGACAGUUUCAUUCAGUACGAAGUAAUACAGUCUUCUUCUUCUUCGCGGAGAAGAGCUGUCAGACAGACAGAAGUCUACACAACAGGAAGAAACUAUGUCAUACUGGCUCUCAUUACCAGCAGUGCGACUGGAACCAUACUUCAAAUGGGUCUAGAGAAUGAGGGAAACUUUGCCAUACUAGAGAUUGUUGAUGGUCAUCUCCAGUUUCGCUUCAAUCUGGGGUCAGGUGUUGCAACUGCUACACAGACAACAAUGCAAGUCAAUGACGGUAGGAGUCACACUGUGUCUAUUGAAAGAAAGGAGACUACUGCGACACUUGUCAUUGACGAUACAUAUGUAGCUCGGGCCACGUCACCUGGAGGUAACACCACUUUAGACAUCCCGAAUGGCAGAAUAUAUAUGGGAUCUAGUGUUGACACAGACGGAAAGGCAAGUAAUGGUUUUACUGGGUGCAUCACUGGAGCUAAGCUGAACCACAAAGACUUGCCCGUAAGUGGGUCCACAAAAGAUUACAUCGCUAAAACAUCAUCUGGUGUUGAGAGUGGAUGCACUUUCGAACCUUCACAAGAAGGCGCUUUUCCAACCGUAGUAACCAUUGCAGCAGGAGGGGCUGGGUUCCUUCUCCUCUUCAUUAUAGUUCCUGCCCUCCUCAUUAUCUGCAUUGGGGGACGAUAUGCUUAUCGGCGGAGGAAAAAAUACAGCCCACGGCGCAGACAAGCGUCCUCACGAAGAAGUCCAACAUUCAACUGGCAGCCGAGGCUCAGGACACCAGAAACGACAUCCAGCAGACACAGGCUGAUGCUGACACAGUCGUCGCAAGUUUCCGCAUCAGACAGCUUUGCGCUCCAGGACGUAAACCAGGGACAAACAGAAGGAAGUAUAUUUGCACCGUCAACACCACAUUUAUCCGAGCAUGUAUUCACAACACCUGAACAAAGUCCAGAACAGCCUCAGCGUCAGAGACGCCGCUUGGGAGAAACCUUGGAUCUGGGUGAAAACCAGCAGCACACACCUCAGGGUAAUCAUCACAUCAGAAGACUUGAUUUUCACCAGCAAGAUGAGCAGCAGUUUCGCCCUCCAGAACAAACCUCAACAAUUGCAAAACCAGUUGAAACUCCAUCAGUUCCCAAGCCACAAACACAGCUCAGCAACGAGAGCUCUCCAGAAAAGAAGCCUCCCCCGCUGGACCCUACGCAUGCCCGCUCUUUCUCAGGACACCAAUCUAUUGGAACAAUGGGUACAGAGGUAUCAGAGGUAGGCUCUGUCUUUGAUGAUUCAGAUGUGGGGAAGUAUGUUCUAAAACGAAUUGAAGCUGCAAAUGAG